UGAUUUCAGAAAAGUGACAUUUGAUCAAGAAAAGUUGUGUUAAAAAAAUUGCAGUCUUUUAGAAUUAUAAAUAUUAGGAAUUUCUCUGCUUACUAGUUUAAAGCUACCUACCGUGUAGUUUACAGUAAACUAGUAGUUUAAAAGUAAGACAUACUGUUUGGAUUAAAAAAGCCUAGCUUUAAACGAAUUUUUGCGGGAUCGACAACAAAAUUUAAAGCGCGCACAUUGCGGUUUUACUUUCGCAAGACGACAGCCAUGUGCUUCACAUCUCUUGUGUCAGGGAGCAAUGCGGGAUUCGAGCCCAACUUUAGUAAAAACAUUUAAUAAGAAAACAACUAAAGAGGUUGCAGAAUGUUACCACUGAAUAUGGUGUUAUGCGCUUUAACGUGCAUUUCAUAUUCCACAGCUUACAAUUCUAUCGAUGACAAUAUAGCAGAGUGGCUUGAUGAAACCUGCUAUGAUAUAGAUCCUCCAGAGAUUAGAAAUGGUAAUGCCUUAGUUACAAUCGAAUGGAGCGACCGAAAUUCCUAUAUGGCGGCUACUUAUUCCUGCAUUGAUAAUUAUGAACUGAACCUUAAGGGAGACAGGACAUUGUUUUGCAUGAACGGACUUUGGUUGGGUAACAUUCCUGAAUGCGUUUUGGCGGACGAUGACUCUGAGUUUAAAGACUGUGAAACUUAUGAAGGUUGUUCCCACUUUUGCAACGGAGAAACCGGAAAAUGCCAAUGUUAUAAGGGUUACACCCUAAAUUCCACCGAUUUUAAGAGCUGUGAAGAUAUCGACGAAUGCAAGGAAUCGAAUGGCGGUUGCUCUCAUAAGUGCCACAACAUGAGAGGAGAAUACAUAUGCACCUGUAAUGAUGGUUAUGAAAUAGAUGAAGAAGAUGGACACACCUGUGUCGAUAUUGAUGAGUGCGCCGAUCCUGAACUGUCUGCGGACUGCCAAGCUGGCUGUGAUAACCUGGUGGGAUCAUAUAAAUGUCGCCCCACAAUGGUGGGCAGAGUUGAACUCAACGACAUCAACGGGUUUCCCUCUGAUGAAGUAUUGUGCAAGUCCGGCUUUCAGCUCUCGCCCGAUGGUAGCGAGUGUCAGGACAUCAAUGAGUGCGAAUUGGUAGAUAAGGACUCGAAAACCGGGCGAGAAUCUCCCCGUUACUGUGGGCACAAGUGCGAGAACACAGUAGGUUCCUACAUUUGCCACUGCCCGGAGGGUUACCACCUACUCGAAGAUCGUCAGAGUUGUGCUCUGAAUGGCAGAAACCGCCCGGCCAUUAUUAUCCCUAAGGCCAUAGAAUGCCCAUCCGGGUUUGAACCAUCUGCUGAUGGCAGCAAGUGUCAGGACAUCGACGAGUGUAAACUCAUGAAAUCAAGUAACCCAAAACAUCAUCCCUGUCAGCAAAUGUGUGAAAAUUCGGAGGGCUCGUUCCGCUGUCACUGCUCGAAGGGUUAUCAUCUGCUGAAGGAUGAUCGGAGUUGUGCCUCAGACCCAUGUCCGCCGGGCUUCGAAAGAUCCUCUGAUGGUCUCAAGUGUCAGGACAUCAACGAGUGUGAAUUGGCGAAUCGUAUCUGUCAUCACGGGUGCACGAAUACAAAUGGUUCCUAUAUUUGUCACUGCAAGGAGGGCUAUCACCUACGCAAGGAUAAACAAAAUUGUGAUCGCAACAUCAUAUGCCAACCUGGCUAUACACCGUCUGCUGAUGGUACCAGGUGUCAAGACAUCGACGAAUGCAAACUCAUGAAAUCAAGUAACCCAAAACAUCAUCCCUGUCAGCAAAUGUGUGGGAAUGCGGAGGGCUCCUUCCGCUGUCACUGCUCGAGGGGUUAUCAUCUGCUGAAGGAUAAUCGGAGUUGUGCCUUAGACCCAUGUCCGCCGGGCUUCGAAAGAUCCUCUGAUGGUCUCAAGUGUCAGGACAUCAACGAGUGUGAAUUGGUGAAUCGUAUUUGUCAUCACGGGUGCACGAAUACAAAUGGUUCCUAUAUUUGUCACUGCAAGGAGGGCUAUCACCUACGCAAGGAUAAACAAAAUUGUGAUCGCAACAUCAUAUGCCAACCUGGCUAUACACCGUCUGCUGAUGGUACCAGGUGUCAAGACAUCGACGAAUGCAAACUCAUGAAAUCAAGUAACCCAAAACAUCAUCCCUGUCAGCAAAUGUGUGAGAAUGCAGAGGGCUCGUUCCGCUGUCACUGCUGGAGGGGUUAUCAUCUGCUGAAGGAUAAUCGGAGUUGUGCCUUGGACCCAUGUUCCCCAGGGUUAAAAAGAUCCGCGAAUGGAAUUAAUUGUCAGCAGAUUGAUUAUGCGACUUCUUGGAAAAUAUGUACUCCCAUGCAGCAUCCGCCUAAUGGCAGGGCUAUUUGUAGAGAAUUGAAAACUCUUCACGGGUUCAAUAGCUACGUUUGCGAUUUUAUCUGCGACGUGGGUUAUGCGUUAAUAGGCUCGAGUUCCAGGAGUUGUGGUCGUUCAGGAAUUUGGAAUGGUUCAGAUUCUGUUUGCGUUGGUAUUCAAAUGCUGCCAUCCAGUUACUACAAACAGGUCAUUAGGCCAAUAUUUAACAGUCCCCAGAAUACAGAGCGAUCAACACAAAGUUAUUCUAGUUAUUCAUAUGAUGCAGAGAAAAGGUUCCUUUUUCCUGAACAAAGUGUAAAGGCAUAUCAAAUUAUUUUUAAGAACCAUUAUCAACGCAAAUGGGAUGUUCUCUAAAGUACUUCAAUUAUGUUUGCUAACUUUUUAUAUCUGUAGCUGCAAGGCCCAAAACCCAGACGUAUGGCUUCGAUGCGACAUACUAGUACAUCCUAUGACCGGGUCGGAAUACCGUUGAGCUGACGCUGAUAAUAAAUAAAAAUAUUUAACGAAAACAAAUAAAAAUUCUUCCAAGAAAA